AUGUUCAAUGAAAAGGUACCAGGACAUUUCUUUCAGUUGAAGGGAGAUUUAGCAGAAAUCUUGGAGCAAUAUCACAGAAGGGCAAUCGCUCUAGUAGAAAGAAGAAGUGUCACCAAGGAAAGCAAAGAUAUGCUAGACAAAGCACUAAGCAUCUGUUGUAAGUCUAUGGGAGAACAGCUCGGGAGUCUCGAGCAAUCGAUGAUCUCGAAACAAAAAGAAAUCAAUCGAAUGUUUGCAGAAACCAUCAGAACAAAGUUGAUGCCGACUUAUGAAGAGUGUGCAGAGCAGAAAGGUGAGUCGUUGCAGUUCCUCUCUCAUAAAGGAGUAAUAAAUGGAAAGAAAAGUUCCCUUUCACUUUUCUUAAGUCCAACAAUACAUCGAAUACUUUCUUCUGACCUUAUUCCACAGGUCCUGGCACCCUCGCCCGUGAGAAAUCUGAUGACUCAGGAGGGCGCGAGGAACAGUGUCAACAUGCUACAGACAAGUGCUAGACGAGUAACAAAGGGACUGACAAGCCUUCUGGAGUCGACAGGAGCAGAUAUUGAAGCCCUGAUCGACACGACAGUGGACCAGGUGUCGCGCGACUACCGCAUCGCCAUAAUCGAUCCUCGGGUCCGCAAGCUCUCUCAGCAACAAAUUGAGCUCAAGAACAAAAUCACCAAUAUCAUUCAAACUGCAGAAACAGAGGUACACUUGGACCAGCACCUUGGACUAAGUAAUCAUCAAGAAUUAUCUGCAGAGAUCUUAAAGCACGAGGGAGUGGCGAACAUUAAGGAGGAGAAUAUGCAGGCAUGA